AUGCCCUCCUUCACCUCCGCUGCCCGCGUGGCUUCUCGCGCAUCCCCCGCCAGCGCUGGCGCCCGCCUCUCCCAAAUGCGCAGCCAUAUGAGCUCCAAGGCGACCUCCCCAAUGGCUCGCAACAAAGAGAUCGGCGAAGCAUACAUUCUCUCUGCCUCGCGCACGCCGACGGCCAAGUUUAACGGAAGCUUUAUGAGCAUGUCCGCGCCGCAACUCGGCGCCGUAGCCAUCAAGUCUGCCAUUGAAAAGUCAAAAGUUCCUAUUUCCAAGAUUACAGAUGUUUAUAUGGGCAAUGUACUUGCAGCGGGCAUAGGUCAAGCACCUGCCAGACAGGCCUCCAUGUUCGCCGGCCUACCAUCCACAGUUGAAGCUGUAACCAUCAACAAGGUCUGCGCUUCGGGGAUGAAAGCAGUUGUUAUUGCGGCGCAGAACAUCCAGCUUGGCUUGGCGGAGGCACAAGUUGCAGGCGGUAUGGAAAGCAUGUCUCGAGUGCCCUACUAUCUGCCGAGAGCAGCGCAAAACCCGGCGUUUGGAAACAUGCAAUUGAAGGACGGGCUUAUCGAAGAUGGGCUCUGGGAUGUGUACAACCAGUUUCACAUGGGGAAUUGCGCCGAGAAUACGGCCCAAAAGUUCAAUAUCACUCGCGAAAUGCAGGAUGAAUAUGCCAUCCAGAGCUUUGAACGGGCACAAAAGGCCUGGGCGGAGGGCAAGUUCAAAGACGAAGUUGUCCCCGUCACGGUCAAGGGGAAGAAGGGAGACACUAUUGUCUCCGAAGAUGAGGGUUACAACAACUUGAAGAAGGACAAAGUUCCCACUUUGAAACCGGCAUUUGUAAAGGAUCCUACGAAGGGGACGGUGACGGCAGCGAACUCGUCAACAUUCAAUGAUGGUGCGAGUGCGUUGGUCCUGGGCAAUAAGGAAAUUGCCCGAGAAUAUGGCAAAGGAAGCCGUGUCCUCGCGCGAAUUGUCAGUUCGGCCGAUGCAGCCAUCGAUCCAGUGGACUUCCCUAUCGCGCCUUCAAAAGCUGUACCUAUCGCGCUGGAAAGGGCUGGGUUAACCAAGGAUGACAUUGCCAUCUGGGAAUUUAACGAGGCCUUUGCAGCAGUCAUCAAGGCAAACGAACAGAUCCUGGGACUGCAGAAUGCCAAGGUGAAUUUGUUGGGCGGUGCCAUCUCGAUCGGCCACGCUCUAGGCAGUUCGGGCGCGCGUAUCUUGACAACAUUGCUGCAUCAGCUGAAGCCUGGCGAGUACGGAUGUGCUGCCAUUUGCAACGGAGGAGGUGCAGCAACCGCCAUAAUUGUGCAACGAAUCGAGAAUGUGGACUAG